AUGGUACAGGAGCUCUCCCUGAACACAUUGGACCUGAGCUCUCAAAAAUCGAAAGCCUCUGUGGGUAGAAGCGCGAGCAGACGCCCUCCGACCAGAAGAAGGCAGGAUCCCACAGCCAGCCCCCCGCUUAACGGCAACAGCCCCCUCAGAAACGCGCACACCACGGCGGUGACAAAUCUGCACCGGGUGUCCCGGCUGUGCCAUCAGAUCCACGACAGUGCGGUUCGUCAGGCGUUCGGGAGGCGAUCGCCGCCGCGUCCGCCCAUAGACGAGCGCCAGAGCGGCGACGGCAGCGUCGAAAUUUACGAAAUUGAAAGUGUUAGCAGUGAUACGAAUAAGUCCCACACGAAUUUAUCACGAACGAAAAGUACCAGCAGCGAAGAUGUUUUGCUAAAUGCAGAAGAUUCCUCCACAAAGAGCAUAGAAGAUUUGGAAGACUUGGAGCAACUACAGAGCUGGAGAAGGACGUCUAAAAUAAGAAGAUCCUUGCAGUUUCCAAAACCGAAUAAACCAACUCCGGCUAAACCUUUGGAUCUACCUGAAAACAGUGUCAGUGUAAAAAAAAUUAAAGAAGAUCUUGAGAAAGGUAGACGCCUUAACACAGCUCUUCGUGGCAAUAAUAUAGAUUUAGAAGCGUUAGAUCAAAUCCUCCAAUCAAUAUCCAGCUCCAGUAGCAUACACUCUGACAAAACAACUGAAGACAAUCUAGAAGAUGAAGAAGUUAAACUCAUAACUUCGAAAAAACUCGAAAAACGUGAUUCUUUUGUAACUGUAGAAUCCCUUCAAGCAGUCAGAGGCAGACUUAGACGCACCAGCUCUCCUUCAAGCGAUAUUUACUCCAAUAAAGAUGAAGAAAUAGACGACGGUAUAGUAACAGAAGAAAAACAACUCGAAAUGCCCUACCAAGACAAAUCACCGUCCAAAGUUCGCUCCUAUGUCUUUGGUAUGGAGUCGUUGCUCAAUAAAAAACCUGUGUUGGGUACAGGAAGUUUGGAGUCCAGAUCAAAAUUGGUGACUGCUAAUUCCAGCAAUAGAAACGAAGACUGGUACAAUCGUCGAAAAUCCUACGGAUUCGAAAAAGUCCAUAGUCACGAGGAUUCGACGAUUUCUCAUAAAACAAAGAAUUUCGUCGAAUCGUCGACCGACAGUGGUAUAUGCCGAUCUAGUGAAAUUGUAGUAGUGCCAACUGCCACGAAAAGUACAUACGAUGACAAUAGCUCUGAUGCUACAAACAGCGAUAACGAGAAAAAACCAUACGUAACUAAAGAAAACGGUAUUAAUUUUGGAAACGUGCGUAAAAUGACUAACUUGUUUAACAAGGAAGACGUCAAGUUUUAUAAUAAUAAAGCCUACGAGGAAAAUAAUUGGACUAAAAGGGCUUCGUACAAUGAAGAAUGGAAACCAAAGUCAACAACAAUAACAAUUCCUAUUGUUAACAAUAAGAACAACAUAAUCGACUUAACGUGGAAUGAUCAACCUGAAAAGGACAUUAAACGCCACUCGAUCGCUGUAGAUGAAGCCAAAUACGCAUCGAAAAAUUUAGACAACUCAUUUAAAAGAACCAGCUUGGCUAUAAACGAUCACACUGAUGACGACACAAACUUUAAUCGAAAAACUAAGAAGGUAGAGUUUUGUAAAACCGAAGUCCAUUUUGCUGCCGAUUCGGGAAAAGUAAAUAUUGUGGAGACCGAUGAAAAACCCCCUCCCACAAAUAAUUUUAGACGGCGUCGAAGAAACUCGGGCCCUAUUGUAUCUCUUGCAGAAGAUUACAAUAGAAACGGUUUGCCAGUUUUGCAUUUUGGUGAUACGUCAUAUGAAAAAACGAUGUUUGGUGUUGAUGAUGAUGAAAAAAGUCUGUAUGAAAAUCUACACAGUCGUGUACCGCCUGCUUUUGGUGUUGUGACAGUAAACACAAACAUAAAUCACUUUGAUUACGUAAAUGAUAAAAAAGAUUUGUCUGAGAAUGAAAAUAUAAGAGGUAUUUUAAAAAAUAAGCCUGUUAAACCUAAACCUUAUCAUUUAGGCGAAAUUGUCCCGUUCUCUGAGUUAAAUUCAGACGAUGAAAACAAGAAAUGGGGCGUGAGAUUACGACCUGUCAAAAAGGAAGAACCACCUGUUUGGAAAUCAACUGUGAGCGUACAAAACUCAGUGUACGAAGACAGAAGCCAUUAUGGAAAGGAAAAUGACCAACCAGAAUUCCAAAAACUCCUGAAGAAUUUAAGACCGACAAAAAAAGAUUUAAGUGACAGUGAAACAAAUUUUUCAGAUACAGGCUAUUCAGGUAUUAGAGUAACGUCUGAUAACAGAAGAUCUUCAUGGUCAGUGUCGGACAAAACAGUUGACGAGAGCCAAAAAGAACCUAAAGGAUUUUCUACUAAAGUCAAUUUUGGAAAUGGUGAAGCCACUGUGGUGAAAAGUGAUGCUUUUAUGGAUACUAGACAUCCUUCUUGGUCUGGAGCAGAUAAUUCCAAAGAACCAAGGCAAUUGCUGAACAAAGGUCUGGUCGUUCGAAUAGGCAAAAGCGAUUCGGCCACAAAUCACAUGGUCUGCUCGAAAAUGACAACCACGCAGGACCGCCAUAACACCACAACCACCACAAAAAUCACCAUAGAUCUUUCACCCUCACCGCCGACGACUCAGCAAGACAAGCAACCCAUAUUCGCCUACGCCAAAUAUGAUCGAUCUCAAAAUCAUAACUUUAAGUCCACCUCCCUGAUACUAAACACGAUCAAAGAUAACAAUGAAGCUGAAACCAAGAUUCCUCAACAAUUAGAGGCUUUAAAGAGAUUGUACGAAGACGAACAAAGUGAUAGUGAUGCUGAUAAAGAAGUGCAACAGUUGAUGAGUAAAGUAAAUGAUAUGGGAAAACUCGAGGAUGACCACAGCAGCAUUGUAUCGGGUAGUUGGAGUAAAUUAAGCGCUCAAAAACGUCUUCAUUCAUACAAAAAUGGUGCUAACGAACCUUACUCAAGAUAUGAUCUCAAUACUACUAAUGCCAAAAUAGAAAAAGAUUCCUCUAUGGAUAGCUUAAAAACUGCUCAAUCUACUAACAAAACAUCGAUAAUACGUAAUAAAUUUUCCCCAAUAGUAAUAAGAAAAGUAGCUCCAGCUAUAAGGUCCGACCUAAAGUCAGCAAUGCCCACAGAAACAUUAUCUAGUCCUUCAUUGGUUGGAAGAAAAGUUAACGGUUUUGAUUACCCCGAAAAACUUGAAAAAACAAACUACAAUGGACGACAAUCUCCAGCUAAAAUAGUUAACGGUAGACAAUCACCUGCCAAACCAAUGGUGAAUGGAAGAAAAUCUCCAACCAAACCAAUUUCCAAUGGCAGAUUAACACCUACAAGAUUGGUACAGGGUAGAAGUUCUCCAGUGAAACAAAACCGUAACUCACCCACAAAAGACUUCAAAACAAUAUCAGAUUCAAAAUUGCAAACGAAACACGUUAACGAUAUGGUUUUACGUCAGCCGAAGAAAUCUGAAAUGACUUACUUUGGAGUUAACGUAUCUCCAAAACCGAUUAAAAGAGCAGAAACUGUGAUACCGAAAGAAAAUAAGUUGAGUGAAAAGCCUGAUUUACUACAACACUAUAAUAAGUCAAACGAAGCUCAAAUUAGAGUGGUAAAACCUAGAAGAAAAUCGCCUGAAGUUAAGAAAGAGUCUCCGAUUUACGAAAAUGUUAACGGUGUAAAAAGGAAUAAAUACGCAGCAAAAGAUUUCGAUAAUAAUAUUUUAGACGAACUUACUAAAGCUGCUGAUCAAAUUUUGCAAGCUGUAAACGGUUAUACCGACGAAGAGGCUAAAAAUAGGCUUACCUCUGAUGAUGAUCAUAAAGCCUUGGAAACUAUAUCAGAAACCAAAUCAUGGAAGAAAGAAACUCUAAGUAGCCUAAAUAAAACCAAACCUCCAAACUCAAAAGCAAAAUUAAAACACACUUCCUCCAACUCUUCUAUAGACAGCGUUACUAAAGAUCGAAGAAGAGUAAGUACAGUUGAAAAACGAAGUACGCCCUCUAAAGUUAGCUUAGAAAAACCCAAAAAGAAGCCUAUGGCUGAAGUUAUAAUGACAAAAUCCACUACGAAAGCGCGUAGACUUCAAAGAGCCAGUAGCAGAGAAGCUCUGCUGCAAUCCCAUGGCAGUUCAUCGGAAGACCUGUCAAUAAAUGUGGAGGCGCCGGUAAGGAAACCGAGGUUAGUUAAGAAGACUAAAGCGAUGCAGCUGACUGUCACUAAUGGACUGGAAAUGCACAAAAAACCUACUGGAUAUAGAAGAAAAGAGACGGAAAAUAGCAAAGUUGAAGAAAGGGUUUUAAACAGUCUUCCAGAAAUAAGACACAAAACAGCAGUGUCGACAAUUAGAAGCACAGCAGAGAAAUCCAGUAGGGAUAGAACGAGAUCGAGGACAGAAGAAGCAAAGAAAAGAUCGCCACCGAAAAGAGAAGUGAUGAAAAGUGUAAAUUCUUCAUCUUCAAGAGCCGAAAGCCGUUCGCGAAGUUCCGCGUCGACUAAAGAGGCGGUGACAACGCAUCGGACCACAACAGCGUAUGUACCAGUUUGUAGCGAUAGACGUCGAAAUAUGCAUGCAGUGCAGGCAGACGAUUGUCCAUGCUUAUGUUCUUGA